UACAGUUUGGCCUCCAAGUCAUCUUUUGACAAAAUGUUGCAGUUUAAGUAUGCACAAAGCACUUUCCUUCUUCAGACCUUCUGUCUAGGAUUUUAUUUCAUGCCUUUUUCUGAUUCUUGCCCAUGGAAUGCAGAAUUGCAGCUGUCAGUUUUCCCUCUCCAAGUCAGUUAGACAUUACAGGGCUCAUCAAAUCACACUGGUGUUCUCUCUUCCAGCUUGUAUAGUUAUGUAAUCUUUCUUCACAUUAAAAGUAUUCUAGAUCUUUGAGCAUUUAUGCUGCCCUUUUCUUUCCCUUUUUUGGGUUGGUUUUAGCAUUCUACAAUAGAGAAGCCAGAAUUACAUGCUGCACUCAGGGUGUGAAUGCACAGUACAGUAGUAUACCAUGGCACAGUUAUGUCCAUCUCUUGUUCUUACCCAUUUUUAAUUAUUUCUGACAUUAAUUUUCCUUCCCUGACCUUCACAAGACCAGAGUCAGACUUUUCACCAAACUGCUCAAGGUGACCAAGCUUCAUGGCUUCACUAAGGGCAAGUCAUGCCUGACCAAUCUGGUGGCCUUCUACAGCAAGGCUACAGAGAUGGUGGAUGGUGGCAGAGCAACUGACGUCAUCUACCUGGAUUUGUGCAAGGCAUUUGAUGCUGUCCCAUAUGACAUCCUGGUCUGCAAACUGACAAGGCAUGGAUUUGACAGAUGGACCACUUGGUGGAUAAGAGAUUGGCUUGAUGGCCAUACCCAGAGAGCUGUGGUCAAUGGCUCAAUGUCCAAAUGGAGGCAGGUGACAAGUGGUAUCCCUCAGGGGUCAGUGUUGGGACCAGUGCUGUUUAACUUCUUUAUUGGAGACAUGAACAGUGGGAUUGAGUGUAUCCUCAGCAAAUCUGAUGAUGAUACCAAACUUUGUGGUGUGUUUGACACCCUAGAUGGAAGGGACGUCAUCCAGAAGGACCUUCACAGGCUGGAAAGGUGGACUGAUGGCAACCUCAUGAAGUUCAACAAGGCCAAGUUCAGGGUCUUGCAGCUGGGUUGGCACACCCCAGGCACAAAUACAGGCUAGGGGGUGAAUGGCUGGAGAGCAGUCCUGAGAAGGACUUGGGGCUGGUAGUAGAUGAGAAGCUCAACAUGAGCCGCCAGUGUGUGCUGGAGCCCAGAGAGCCAGUUGUGUCCUGGGCUGCAUCAAAAGAAGUGUGGCCAGCAGGGUCAGGAAGGGGAUUCUGCCCCUCUGCUCUGCUCUGGUCAGACCCCACCUGGAAUACUGUGUACAGUUCUGGUGCCCUCAGCACAAGAAAGAUAUGGACCUGUUGGAGAGGGUCCAGAGAAGGGCCACCAAGAUGAUCAAAGGCCUGGAGCACCUCUGCUAUGAAGACAGGCUGAGAGAGUUGGGGCUGUUCAGCCUAGAGAAGAGGAGGCUCCGAGGAGACCUUAUAGCUGCCUUCCAUACUUGAAGGAGGCCUACAGGAAAACUGGGGAGGGGCUUUUCAUCAGAGAAGAUAGUGAUAGGACAAGGGGUAAUGGUUUUAAACUGAGAGAGGGGAGAUUUAGGUUAGAUUUUAGGAAUAAAUUCUUCACUCUUAAGGGUGGUGAGGAUCUGGAAUGGGUUGGCCAGAGAGGUUGUUGAUGCCCCAUCCCUGGAGGUUUUUAAGGCCAGGUUGGAUGAGGUUUUGUGCAGCCUGGUCUAGUGGUAGGGUUCCCUGCUCUUGGCAGGGGGGCUGGAACUUGAUGAUCUUUGAGGUCCCUUCCAACCUUAAUGAUUCUAUGAUUCUGUGACUGCAAGAUGUCUUUAUUGAGUCGUAGCUGAUUUAGGACCCCUUGCAGCUGUAUAGCCCCCUUCCACAUGCAGCAUUUUGCAUUUAUCAGGAAUGCAUCUGUCAUUUUAUUAUGUGGUCUCUAGGAAUCAUUAAAUCUUUCUUUCAUAGUCAACUUUUUUUUUUUCUUCUUCUGAAUAAUUGAAUACUCUUGGCUGUUUUUUUCAUUUUGAUAUGCAACAUCUUGUGUGAAUUAUAUAUAUGUGUAUGUUCAUGAGAACCAGCCACUCUUACUGGUGCACUCCAUUUAAGUCUUGAAAUAUUUACCUGUAAAUAAGAUUGUAAGAUUUAAGUACUUACAUAGGUAUUAAUUAGACUGAAAAACUGUAGUAUUUAUUUUAAGAUUUCUUGGUGAAGAAUCUGUCCUUACAUUUUUUGAGAUUUGAGACUGCUGUGUUGACGAGCUCACAAGUGUCUACAUGCUUACUGACUUUCAAGAGAACUUGAGAAAAUACGUUUAAGAGAACACGGCUUCUUUAUGUAGAAAUGGCACCUUAGGCUACCAAAUAUUUCCUUAUUUGAUUUCCUGGCCAUAAAUAUGCACAGAUAUGUUAUGUGGUGCAUAAUUAGAAAGCUUACAGCUUUCCAAAAAUCACCAAGCAUGUAGAACAGGUAUGCAGAAUGCUGACAGGAAGCCAGGAGCUUACUGUUCACAAAUGGCAGAGAAAGUACUGGUUUUGCUGCUUCAUUCUGCCACAAUUAAAGUUGCCAGCUUGGGUUAGGUUUACUCUAUAUGGUGGACUUGACUCCAUGUGCUUUGUGCAAGUGUUUGAUGUUACUGCUAUCUGGGGUCAUUGUUUGGUAGACUCAGUUGUGUUACUUAAAUGCUUGUAUAUUUCAGACAGGCCUUCUACUAGGACAGAUAAGGUGUGUUUAGAAAAGGUAGACAGGUAAUGCUCCUUAUGUAGAUAACUGUGGCAGCAAAGUUCAGAGAAGUGUGUUUAUGAAAAUUUCAGUAAGUUAGUGAAAGUGUGCUGUUAAUACUUUGGGAGCUACACAUCCAAAAAGCAUGUUAUUUAGUGCCAAGUGCCAAGGAAAUGAAUGAGGUGUAUCAAAAGGAAUUUUUUCUUUCUUUAUAGAGCUUUUAUAGCAUUAGGCAAAAGUUCAACAGUCAAAAACCACAUGCAAGAUCAAGAAACGGUAGAAAUGUUUAGUAUGAGAAUGUGAAAGAGGCAUUCACAUUGGAGAGACUGUGAUCAUUUAUUAUCAUCAAUAGACUAAUUUCUUAGCAUUGCAGACAAGUAAUAUUUGGUCAAGUGCCACAAGGAACAGCAAAUACCACAUCAGAGGAAUACAGAUUGCUGUUUCCUAGAAGUUUUAACAGUCUUUAUGUAACUUUUUCAGAACUUCAAAAUGCCUAAUUUCCUGACAGCUGUUCCUAUUUUCAGUAAUUGUUGGAACGUUUUUGCACGUCCAAAUAUGCAUUCAUAUAUUCUGAACUAUAUUAAAAUGCUUUAUAACUCAUUUGCCUCUUUGAAGUUGGUUUUAAGCAACCUCUAUAUUGAAGCUUUUAGGCAAUCAGCUGAAUAAUGUAGACUGUUUAUUUCCCUACCAGGUUCUAAUUAAUUUUUAGGAAGGCAACUUCUUGCUUCAGCUGUAGGAUUUUCUUCCCACUGUCAAUUCAAUGAAGUUCAGACUUUUGCCUCUACUUAAUUGCAUACAUACCAAUGCCUAGAACAGUGAAGAUUAUGAGUGGAUAGCAAACUAUUGUUGGUGGAGAGGAUCAGUACUAUAGUUCCAUGUUAUUGUUCACCACACUUGAAUCGCAACAUUGUUCUUCCUUACUUUCACAUUUCAUCUUUUUUGUACAGCUUUAAAGACAUGCACGUCUGAGAAAAAACUUCUUGAACAGUACAUUCAAACAUGUUAUACAGCAAUCUCGCUGAAUCCUUAAAAGCAAUAAGAAUCAAAAUGGAUAGUCACCAGGUCUCAAGCAGUUUUCUGUAUAGUCUGAUUCUGGUUUUCUUUGAUGUGAAGAUUGGAGACAAAGAUGUUGGCAGAAUUGUAAUAGGAUUGUUUGGAAAAGUUGUCCCAAAGACUGUGGAGAACUUCAUUGCACUGGCAACUGGAGAAAGAGGUUAUGGAUACAAAGGAAGUAAAUUUCACCGUGUGAUCAAAGACUUCAUGAUUCAAGGAGGAGACUUUACAGCUGGAGAUGGAUCAGGAGGAAGAAGUAUCUAUGGAGAAAGGUUUCCGGAUGAGAACUUCAAGCUCAAACACUAUGGAAUUGGAUGGGUUAGCAUGGCUAAUUCAGGCCCAGAUACCAAUGGAUCCCAGUUUUUCAUCAGUGUGACAAAGCCUUCCUGGUUAGAUGGAAAACAUGUAGUAUUUGGCAAAGUGCUUGAUGGAAUGUCGGUGGUACACACAAUAGAACUCCAGGAGACAGAUGAACACGACCGGCCCCUUCAAGACUGUGUGAUUGUGAACAGUGGCAAAACAGCUGUAAAAGAACCAUUUGUAGUGGAAGUAAAUGGCUGGUGAGACCAACAAUCAAAAUGGAAAUUAAAACCCUAUCACUUCUCUUUUAAGGCCUGUUUUUGACCAAUCUCAACUGUCCAUUGAGUUUCCUCUUCAAAAGAUGAGGCUGUUUAGACAGUAAUUACAAUUUUCCAAAUAUGUAAAAGAUAAUAGCAUUUCUGUAACAGCUUGAUGGAGCUGUCACUCCUUGAAAUUCAAGACAUAUCCCACUGAAUCCUAGAUCUUGCAGAAAAAGUGUUUAAUUAAAAAUUGUAUAAGUACUUCUGUUUGUUUGAAAUACAGUAAUUUUAUUAUCUUUUUAAAUUUUUGCAGUAUUUGUUUCUGCCUUUUGAACUGCAAAGUUAUUUUCUGUAACAGUAUCAGCACUUUUAAAAAUGAAAAAAAAAAUUACAGAAGUGUUUUCAAUAAAUAUACUUUGAUUUAAAAAAAAACUCUUCAUAAAGUAUUUAUUUCCCCCCCCAAAGGCUUUUUUUCUCAGCUCAGUUGAUUCUGCAAAAUAUGCAGGGGGUGCUGCUGCUUUCCAGGAAAUGAGGUUGUAAGGUUAGAGCAGGGAUGGUAAAUUUCUCUAAUGUUAGCAUAUCAUAUAAAGUCCCUGCUGUCUUUCAAAAAACCACGGUAUUAAGAUACAAGCCUCUAAUCAGGAACGAGCAGCUCUGUCUGUUGUUAAAUUAAGAUCAUCAGUUAGAAACUGAUUAAAACAGAGUUCUUGUUUUACAGCACAGUGAAUUUUGUGUAACUUGGCUAAUGUUAUUUAUGAUAAAGCUCAAAAGCUUUUUCUUCAGUUUUGCUGUAUGUCAGAGAUGCAACUUUAGGUUCAUUAUUUUUGUUACGCUUCUUAAAUAACUUCAGCUGACAACUGCACUGGUAGCUAUUAAACAAGAUCAGCAUAAGGUACCACAUAGAGGCUGCUGUGUGUGUUAUGUUCCAUAAUGAGUUACAUAGUAUGCCACAGAAAAUAUGUGGAUUUUUUUGUCUUGAAUUUCAAGUGUUUUAGGACUCAAGACAGAAGAGCCAGUGCCAAGAUCUGAUGAAGGAUUCAUCCACCUGCAUGGUGGGCAGCACACUGCUUGACUUUGUAGCGACUUGUUUCCUGGAGGACAUCCUGUAGCCCACUGGAGGUAUCCAGGCUCUGACUGGUGCAGGGGGAGAGAGGGUAUGAGCACAGAGCUUGUAGGUACCGAUUGGCACCCCCUUUGCAAGGAAACAGGAAAAGGCUGUGGGCAGGGAUUCUCCUGACACAUCAUCUGUAGUUAAGGGCUGCUUCUGCUGCUUCACCAUCCCAGUCUUGGGGCCUCUCCUGAGGGCAAGUACUAACACUUUUUUUCAGACCUGUCCUCUUUCAAACAGAGCUGCAGGAGAAUUGUCAAAGACCUCUACAUUUGCCUAGUACUAGGCAAUCAGACUUUCACUUUACCCGUGUUCAUUUUUCUUUCUACUAACUGUUUAAAGUGAAAUUCUCUGAAAAGCAGCACUGAAAAGCAGUGUUGGGAAUUAAGAGUGAGAAAGCUUCAGAAUCUCUCUUACAAAUAACUUUCCCCUAGUAGCUGAAAGCUUUCCUGGAGGCUGAUCUGUAGAGUUCUGCUUCCUGAAUAAGUGCUGCAGUCACCAGCCUACCUUUUAUACAAGUGCUGGCUCUCACCAUCCCCAAGCAGCUUUAAAACAUAUUAAGUGGUCAGCAGGAGGGAACCUGUGUGUCUCCAGGAUCAGGCUUUCCUGUCUAGCUUGGCCAUUAUGCCCUUCCUCUGAUGAACCAAAUGACUUACUGGCUGUUCAAUUACACUGAUUUUCAUGCCUGCCCCCCCAGACAUACGCUUCAGUAAGCCUAGCAUGUUCAGGUAGUGUGGUGCUGAGAUCAACCGCCCAGGUAUUUUUCCAUGCUUUAUGUGGAGAUACCUGAGAGACUCACUUCUGAUGACAUAAGCUCGGAAAAAUGUUGUUUGAAUAGAAACGCACAUAAAGAACACCGAAGCAGUACGUUCAUGUUCUAGUAAUUUAUUUCACAAUGUCCAAUAGCAGACAUACAAAUUUCCAGUUAAUUCUGAACAAAUAUAUAUAUUAGUGUGUGUAUAUAUAUCUAUUAGUUUUAGCAUUAUCGUUUUUCUAAUUACUCAUAUUCUUGCUUCAGCUUAGCACAGAAUUGUACACUCUGUGACUUAUAAAAUGUUAAGAUAUGGAAUACAGUCUGCAAGUUGAUGUAAAAACACAUGAGACAUCACAACUGAAUGGAAAUGUGUAAAUGCCAUGUAAAAACUCCUAGUAGAUAAAAUAAUUUCAACUGAAAUCUGGAAAAUUUCCUGAGAGAGAGUUACAUACUUCAGAACGUGGAAGCAUGUUUUCCAAUAGAAACUCUUCAUACACCUGCACUGGCUCGUUUCCAACCUGAUAUUAAGGAGCAGAUUUUUUCUUGCUUUGUUUUUUUCUUGAUUUUUUUGCAGUUUUUCACACUCUCUUCAGUGCCAGCACUUUUAAUCCUUCCACUGCCAGCAAUGGAUAAUGUGCUGGGAAAAAACACUGGUGCAAAAAGGUUUAGUGUAAUUUAUGAUAGAAAUUACUGAAGUAAUUAGUAAAGCUUUCAAUUCUUUUCAAAGGUUAGUGUAAUUCAGUGUAUGACUUUCAGCUUUUAGUGUUAAAUAGUUAAGAGCAUGUCAAUAUACAGAAGGUAUAAAUAACUUCAAUACUGUUGUUUCCAUAUCUUUUUUUUUUUUUAAAGCAGCAAUUGUAGUGACAUUGAUUUCAUUAAAAAAGAUAAAAUGCUUGAACUUAAA